CUGGCAACAUCUGUUGCAGACGAAUUUGGUUUACCGCAUUGGCUUCCAGCUCACGUGACACGUGUUUGACAGCCACCAAAAAUUGUUUCUUUUCUGCAAUUGUUGAUUUUGACUUAAAAAAAUGCUUCGCAGACAAGCUCGUUUACGCCGAGAGUAUUUGUAUCGAAAAUCCUUAGAGGGACGACAGAAAGCCAUUCAAGACAAAAAAGACCGUUUAAGACAGGCUCUUGAAGAGGGUAGGCCUAUUGACACUGAUCUAAAGAGACAGGCUAUUGAACUUCAAAAGUCUUUGGAAUGGGAAGAUGCUGGACCGGAAAGAGCAGCCCUUCUGGGUGGAACAGAUACAGGUGGUGGGGGUACAUCUCACAUGGAUGAUGAAUACAGGUGGGCGGGAGUGGAGGAUCCGAAAAUCAUGAUAACAACAUCUCAUGAUCCUUCUUCUCGUUUGAAGAUGUUUGUUAAAGAGCUGAAACUGGUUUUCCCCAAUUCACAGAGGCUUAAUCGGGGCAAUUAUGAAAUGAAACAGCUUUUGGAUGCAUGCAGAGCCAACAGUGUGACUGACUUCAUUGUCGUUCACGAACAUCGAGGUCAACCAAACGCUAUCAUCAUUAGCCAUUUGCCUUAUGGUCCGACAGCCUACUUCAACGUAUCAGAUGUCGUGAUGCGUCACGAUAUCCCUGACAUUGGCCCCAUGUCUGAACAGUAUCCACAUCUUGUAUUUCACAACAUGAAAACUCCGUUGGGUCAGCGAGUCAUGAACAUUCUCAAGUAUCUUUUCCCGGUUCCGAAAGAAGACAGCAAACGAGUAAUAACUUUUGCCAAUCACGACGACUUCAUUUCCUAUCGCCAUCAUACCUACAAAAAAGGCGAGGCAGGAAAAGGCAUUGAACUGAAGGAAGUUGGUCCACGUUUCCAGUUGCGACUAUAUGAUUUGAAGUUGGGAACCAUCGACCAGGCAGAUGCAGCAGACACAGAAUGGGCAUACAGGCCUUACAUGAACACGACCAAGAAGCGACGAUUUCUUUCAGACGACGAUGGUUGGAAAGCUUAAUCAAUUUUGAUUUGUAAACUUACUCAUGAAAUAAGUACAAGUGGUGAAAAUCA